AUGUAUCCCAUUGCGAAUCUUGCCAUUCAAAGACGUGCCACAAAUGAUACAGUCGUACAAGGAAUCAAGAUCGAGAAAGGUGAACACAAUCCUUUAAUAUUGGGAACUAUUAAACUUGUUUUGAGCAUCAGUACAUUCAUGAAACGUGUACCAAAAUCUGCGAAACUUUACAUCUUGAAUUUUAAUGUCGCAGCUAAUGGAGUUUAUUCUCCAACAUCACCAAGAUAUCCAUCAAAUGAUCCAAUUAAUAUCUAUGGAUCAAAAUCACCUUAUUACAAUCCAAGACGUCCAAUUUAUUCAACAACUGGAGGAAGACAAGAUUCAACAUCACCAUAUUAUUCUUCAAAAAGUCCAGCAUGCUCUCCAUCAUCACCCGCUCGAGCACGUCCAUCAUACAGUAUGCCACUUUCUUUUAAUUUAAAAUCUAUCAUUUUCAUAUUUAUUUAUUUAGGUCCAAGAGCUACAGUUCGUCCAACAUUUCCAACAUAUGCACCUCAAUCACCAGCAUCAUUAACAAUCUCAUCAUCAAUGUCAUCUCCACGUACAAUUCAUGAUGAUGAUUCAAAUCAUGAUGGAAAUUUAAUGGAUUAA